AUGCAACAGCAACUUUUAAAACUUACUUCACCAGAAAAAUCAACGUGGCAGGGAGAAUCAAUCAGAUUAAUCAAGAAGCCAGGAAGUUUCUUCUGCUCGCCAUUGAUGGUACUAACUUCCACUUUAUUCUCACCAUUGAUCUCAAAGCAAGAUCUCUUGCAUCCAACUCGAAAAGAAGGGAAAUUGCGCUGCAACAUUCGAGCUACUACAUCCUUUUUCUGUCCGAUAUUAAACACUACUACGGUGGAGAUCAAUCACAGUACAAAAAAUUUACGAAAAAUUGAAAUAAAUCUCACGUUGAUUUAA